CAGUGGUAACUGCAGCGUGGAGAAGGCGGAAGUGUCGCUGGUGUGAACAAAUGGCGAAAAAUAAGAAUAAAUCUGAAAAAAGAGAAAAGAAGAAGAAUCUGGCAGAAGACUCUUCUGAAGCGCCCGUGUUGAAAAAGAAGAAGAUUGCUGAGGUGUCUGAGGAAUCUGCUACAGAAAACACUAAGGUGGAACCUGAAGACCCUAAAGAAACCGAGGACUUAACCCCAGAGGAACGCAGGGUUCUGGAAAGAAAGCUUAAGAAAGAACGCAAGAAGGAGGAAAAGAGGCUCAAAAAAGAAAAGGCAAGCCUUGCUGGAGAAACGGAGGAGAAACCAGCAAAAUCUGCUGCCGGCGAACAAGCCCUGAAGUACUUGAAACGCUGGUCCAAAAAACACCCAGAAUGGAAGUUUCAAAAGAUAAGGCAAACCUGGCUCCUCAUGAACAUGUAUGACCCAGAGAAGGUUCCAGACAAAGACUUCAAGAGGCUGCUGAAUUACCUGGGGGGUCUGAAGGGCAGCGCUCGUGAGACCACCAUACAGAAAGCAGAGGAGUACAUGAAGGAGCAGGACAGCUGCCAGACACAGGAGGAGCCUGAUCAGCAGAAGCUGGACAGAAUACGAGAAGUGUUACAGCUUUUGUCUUAAGUGUCUUACAGCGUCGCGCCACAAUCAGUAGAACACAUACCUCAUUAUCUCACAUUUUUCUAUAUUUCCAGGGGAUGCUGAUGAUCUAUUCAAGAGUGACUUGAAAAGGGUUUUCCUCUUAUCCUAUAUUGAUGACCUAUCCUCAGGGUCAGAUGGGCGGAGGCCCAACUCCCUGCACCCCCACGAUCAGCUGUAAGAAGAGAACACAGCAUUCUGCCUUCUCUGCACCGUUUACCUGCUCCCCAUCGGCGAGCAGGUGUAAUAUGGCGCCCCAUUCACUCCACUGGGACGGCUCUGACUUAUUCAAGUGAAUUGGAGUGAGCCCUCCCAUUGAAGUGAAUGAGAGAGGGAAGCGAUAAUUACUUUGGUCGCCGCUGCAGUGUCGAUGGCGAGCAGGUAAACACUGAGGGGAACACAGCUCCUGCUCAUACAAGCGCCGCGUUUUCAGCUGAUCAGCGUGGGUGCUUGCAAUCAGACCCCCACCCAUCUGAUAUUGAUGAUCUAUCCUAAGGACAGGUCAUCAAUAUAGAAUAAGCGGACAACCUCUUUAACCCCUUUGACACUGCUUAGACAUUUCCUUAGACAUGAAAAAAUCUGACCACACUCAUAUUCGAUUGGUAUUUCACCUGUAACAUAGACACGUCCACUCAGAGUCUUGGUGGCGGAGGUCCAUUAAAGAGAGCUUACUCCUCCAUAUUUGAAAUUUUCACCCGAUUUGCAAAGCAGUUUGUGAUUUGCCAGCUAUUACAUUGCGAGAAAUGAAUCGCCUUAAAGGGGUUCUCUGGGGCUUUCCCUAAAGUCUGUGGUUCGGCUCUUGCAGAAGCCAGAGUGUUUCAGCAGUACUUACCUUUCCAUCACAGUGCUGAUUCUGCAAUGUCAGCCGCGAUCACUCCCGCCCGGCUGCGGGCUCAACUGGAUGUGCACCUGUGCCUUCUGUGAACAGGAAGACGUAAGAGCACAUCCGGACAGAACGUCAGAAGACCUGCAGUCAUGUGAUCACAGAGGAGGCCGAAGGAUAAGUACUGCUGAAAUUCAGCCUUGCACAUGUUAGGGUACUUUCACACUAGCGUUUCUCUUUUCCGGUGUUGAGUUCCGUCCUAAGGGCUCAAUACCGGAAAAAAACGGAUCAGUUUCA